GACACAUGCUAGAAGGAGAGGCCAUUGAAGGUGUAUAAGACGAACUGGGUGUGAUUGUAAAAGAAAGUCAUAUUCCGAAGGCGUUUUAGACCCGAAAUUCAUUCAUCAUGAGCGCUGGAAACCUAAGUAAAGUUAAGGAUAAGCUUAAUGCUAUGAGAGAUGCCGUUGAACAGGCUGAAGAUAGAGAAAACGAAGCGAAUAAUAAACUUAGGUUAGCAAACGAACGAGCCGCCAAAGCUGAAGAGGACGCAGAGUCGUACAAAAGGAGAAUAGUGCUGUUAACCAGAGAGCACGAGAAAACCCAAGAGAAGAUUCAAUCUAGUAAGGAUGAUCUCACAAACUUGCACGAUAAGAUCGAAAAAGAACGAGCUACAGAAAAAGAGCUUGGAGGUCUUGAACUGGAUACUGAUGAUCAACUUACCAACAUCGAGCAAAAAGCCAAGGAUUCCUUGACAAGAUUGGACGAGAAACUCCGAGAUCUCAACGACAUUUCUCGCAAGUUUACCAAGAUAGAAUUCGAUCUUAGCAGGGCAGUUGAUAGAGCGGAGAAAGCAGAAGCUAGGAUUAGCGAUAUCGAUCAAGAAUUGGAAAAGGCAGGAGAAAAUAUGAGCAAGUUAGAGAGAAGAGACGAAGAGGCGAGUGAGAGGGAAGGAGUGCAAGAAGAAAAAAUUGCCUUCCUCGAAGCCGAACUAAAAGGUUUCCAAGAGCGUUACGAAGCCGCAGAAAGAGAGGCAAAAAAGUUGGAGAGGGUCUUGGACGAAGUAUCAACGGGAAUUGAAAAUUUCAGAGAGAAGAAAGCCAGUGUUGACAACGAGUUAAAUGAAAUGUUAAACGUGGUAGAAGAUGGGAUAUGAGAGAACGCCUACUAGUGAUGACUAUCUAAAGUAAUAAUUACCAACAAUUGUUUUUAAAGUAAAGUAAAACUUUUGAGUUGAACUUCUAACGUACACCCAUUCUUGCGUUAUGCUAUUGUUCAUUCUAAUUUCGAAGAUCAACUUGUUGUUUUGGUAAGUAUUGAAAGAAUUAGCUAGACAAGUUUAAAUAUUUGUAGGUUUACUUCAAUAGGAAAUAACUAAGACUUGUCACUAAAAGAUUGAAAACUUAAGUUCUAUUCCUGUAAUUUCUAGCAUCUGAUUGUUCAUUUAAAUUCAAAAAUAACCUGUAGAUAAUUGAUCUUUUACACCUUAUUAUACACAGUCACAGAUAUUCCACGUGGCUUGAGAAUAAAUAAAAUUUAUUGGAGUGUAAAAUAAUGAAAUCUUUGAUUAAAGUGGUGAACUGAAGUAGUA